AUGUCCUUGCUACCUAAUUUGAAAGUCAUUAGCACACCAAGCACGGGUAUAAAUCAUAUUGACGUGCAGGCAGCCAUAGAUCGUGGUGUUCGUGUAGGCCGAAGUCCUGGGCAUUUUCAAGGUGACGCUGUCGCUGAAUUUGCUUUCGGAUUGCUAUUGGCGUCUGCGAGGUUGAUUGUGCUGGCUAAUGAGGUCGCCAAAACAACUGUUUUUUCAUCAGGCCAAGUGAGUAAACAAGAACUUAUACGUAUUCUGGGAUGCUUAAUUAGAACCCUACCUCCCUUCGCGACAAUAUUAUUUUAUACUUUUCCGUAGUAGUUUUUAGCGUCGUCACGAAAACGCGGGUGAAGCGUUGCGUGACGACACUAAAAACGGCUGUGUACAAAUGAUAUGGGAGACCACAUUAACCGCUACUAUUUGUGCUUUCAAUUUAGCAAAAAAUAGGAGUGUUCAGUCCUAUACAGCAAGUUACUGGUUCUACUCUGGGCAUUAUUGGUUUUGGAAGUAUUGGAAAAGCAGUUGCUGAAAAGGCAAAAGGAUUCAACAUGAAAAUCUUGUAUUACAGUCGAACUCGGAAAGAAGACCAAGAAAAAUGCUUAGGUAAAGUCAGUCAAGUGUGACCUUCAUAUGAAUCGUAUGUUUUCUCAGGAAGAGCAGGAACAAAUGUUGUUCAUUCAGGCAUUCCAUAAGAGUCUUAUGGGUAUCUGAAUAACAGUCCCCUACCUUAGAGUAGUUUACAGGGCUGCCAACUCUCCCGGAUAAUCAGGGAGACUCCAGAUUUUGAACCUGUCUCCAGUUUAGAGUCUGAAAUCUCCCGGAUAAUCGCCGAGGUUUGCCAUUUCUUGUAGACUCGACUUUCUAACAAUGAAAUUUCACAUAUUUUGCUUUAUUUGAGCUAUUUUACUGUUAACAUCGAACGUUUCCUCACAAACUCCGUUAUGCCGUUGUAAUAUAGGCUUGGAUAAAUUCUGCUCGUAAAAUGGGACCAAACGAACUCUCCGUAAUAGAGAGGUGUCCGUAUUAUAGAGGUGUCCGUAAGGAGAGGUUAGACUGUACAAGCAAUGAUGUGAUUGGUAGGAAGUAAACCAAUUAGGUCAAAUGUUGCAGUUCCAACAACAUCUUUUUUGCGUGUUUUUCCCAUACCAUUAACUUUUGGUAUGCAUUUUAGGUGUUUCAUUCUGCCCAGACUUGAAGAAACUGUUGCAAGAGUCAGACUUUGUCAUUUUAUGCUUGCCAUAUACUGAUCAAACCAAGCAUAUCAUUUCAUCUAAGGAACUUUGUCUUAUGAAACCCACAGCCACACUGAUUAAUGUGGGUCGUGGUGGAACUGUCAAUCAUGAUGAUCUGACAGCCGCAUUACGGAAUGGAGUCAUCAAAGGUGCUGCAUUGGAUGUAACAGAACCAGAUAAUCUUCCCAAAGACCAUCCUCUUUUUAAUAUGCAAAAUGUGAUCAUCACCCCACAUAUUGCUUCUUAUACAGAGUCCACAUUUUUGAAAGUGUUUACCACCGCUAUGGAUAAUUUAAAGGCCGGAAUUAAGGGUGAAGAAUUACCUUAUCCAGUAUAA